AUGGGGAAGGAGGGGGAGAAGGGGGGGGGGGGGGGCGAGGGAGGAGACAGGGCUCAGGUGGAGUCCUCCUCCUCUUCUUCCCUCAUGCAAAAUGGAGAUAUAUGCUCUCACACAUAUCCUCCUGCGAUAUGUUUACUACAAAUCCAGAGACAUAAGAUUCAGAAGGAGGAGGAGGAAGAGGAGGAGGAGAGGGAGGAGGAGGUGGUGGUGGUGGUGGAAGAGGAGGAGGAGGAGAGAAGAGGCGGAGGAAGAUCAGGAGCAGAGAGGAGGAGGAGGAGGAGGAGAGAGGAGCAGGAAAAUGUGGAGGAGGAGGCGGAGGUGGAUGAGGAGGAAGAGGAGAGAAGAGAAACUCGGUCUGAGUCCGAGACCAAGUCCGGAUCUCUGCAGGUGACCCCUCUGACCCCUCUGAGGGUCCAGGAGGACGGACCGGUCCACGGGUCCAGGAGGAGGGACCAGUCUACAGGUCCAGGAGGACGGACCGGUCCACAGGUUGGGAUGGUAAAAAGCUGCAAGGCUGAGGUGGUGCAGGAGACAGAGGAGGUGCAGGAGACAGAGGAGGUGCAGGAGACAGAGGAGGAGCAGGAGACAGAGGAGGCGCAGGAGAGAGAGGAGACAAAGGAGGCGCAGGAGACAGAGGCUGUGGCAGAGCAGCUCAGUGUUUUUUUGUUUUGUUACUUUUUUUGUUUAUUGUGA